AUGCCCGACCCCAGCCAUGCGGGCCUCUCCCCGGCCGCCGUCGAGUCCGUCGCGGGCCUCAGCGCCGGCACCAUCGCGACUCUAGUCGUGCACCCGCUCGACAUUGUCAAGACCCGCAUGCAGAGUAUGGGCGGCGCCUCUCCUGUCCCUUCCCCCUUCCUGGCUCAAGCAUUCGGCACCCCAAAGGACACAAGGCUGACGGGGAAAACUCAUGUGUGUAAAGUCUACCGCAGCGGCACGUCGUCGUCGCCGCGCCCAACGACCGUCGCGCUCCUGCGCUCCCUCACCGCAAACGACCGGCCCCUCGCCUCGCUCUACCGCGGCCUGACGCCCAACCUCGUCGGCAACGCCUCCAGCUGGGCCUCCUUCUUCUUCUUCAAGUCGCGCCUCGAGCGCGCCCUCGCCGCGGCGCGCGCCCGCCCCGGCGGCCAGCCCACCGCGGGCGACUACUUCGUCUCGUCGGCCCUCGCCGGCGUCGCCACCUCGGCCCUCACCAACCCCGUCUGGGUCCUCAAGACGCGCAUGCUCUCCUCCGACCGCGCCGCCGCCGGCGCCUACCCCUCCAUGCUGGCCGGCGCGCGCCAGAUCCUCCGCACCGAGGGCCCGCGCGGCUUCUACCGCGGCCUCGGCGUGUCCAUGCUCGGCGUCUCGCACGGCGCCGUGCAGUUCGCCGUCUACGAGCCCGCCAAGCGCGUGUACUUCAAGCGCCGGCAGCAGCGGCGCGAGGCGCGCGGCCAGGACGCCCUGGGCGACGCAGAGGCCCGCAGGCUCACCACCGAGGCGACCGUCGUGCUCUCCAGCAUGGCCAAGCUCGUCGCCGGCGCCGCCACCUACCCGUACCAGGUGCUGCGCAGCCGCCUGCAAAACUACCAGGCCGACGAGCGCUUCGGCCGCGGCUUCGUCGGCGUCGUGUCGCGCACCUGGGCCGAGGAGGGCCUCGCCGGCUUCUACCGUGGCCUGGUCCCCGGCGUGGUGCGCGUCAUGCCCGCCACCUGGGUCACCUUUCUCGUGUACGAGAACGUCAAGUACUACCUGCCGCGCUGGCUCGAUUAA